AUGACGGCCUUAGCUGGCACACCCGGUGGCAUUGAUGCCACACGCCAGCUGUUUGAGGGAAUGCACCUGAGAAAUUGGGUGUCAUGGAAUGUCAUGAUUAAUGGGUACGUCAAGGCGAAGCGGCCUGAGCAGGCACUGGAGGUGGUCCGGUGGAUGGCAGGGGUAGGAGUGAGGGGGACGGCGACAACCAUAGUCGGGGCAGCCACGGCGUGUGCUAGGCUGGGGAGGCUAGGGGCUGGGAGGGAGGUGCACUGUGUGUUCCUGCGCCGUUUUGAGGAUGAUAACCUGUUGGUUUGGACUGCAUUGAUUGAUAUGUAUGGCAAGUGUCGGAGGGUUGGGGUUGCAAGGAAGUUGUUUGACCGGCUCAGAAUGAGGAACCUGGUAUGCUGGAACGCGAUGAUCAUAGGGCACUGUGUGUAUGGUGAACCUGGUGACGGGAUCAAACUAUUCCAGCAUAUGAUCACACCAGGGAAUGUGCAGCCAGAUGGAGUCACUUUCAUUGGUGUUCUCUGCGCCUGUGCCCGUUUAGGCCUCUUGGAAGACGGAAGGGCAUAUUUUGAGCAGAUGAGCACCGUGUACAACCUCAAGCCGACAUUUGCACACUACUGGUGCAUGGCCAAUCUGUAUGGGAGUGUUGGGCUUCUGGAAGAAGCCGAGGGCCUCUUAAAGAGUAUACCAGAGGAUCUGAAGGCACGGGCAUUGGGUGGUUUGCUUGGGCUGUGUCGGUUCCGGGGGGAUUGGAGACUUGGGGAACGGAUAGCUCUCAGGUUGAUUGAGCUUGAACCAAGCAACAAUGCUCACUAUGCACUGCUUUGCAAUGUGUACGCUGCUGUAGGGAGAUGGGAAGAAGUUCACAGGGUGAAGGCUAUCAUGAAAGAGAGAGAUGAGAGGUUCAGGCCUGGACAUCGUCUGGUGAACUUAAAUGAGAUUGUUGAUGAAUUCAAAAUUAGGGAGAGGCAUCCUGAGAAUCAGGAGAUAUAUGCCAUCAUGGACGACUUGGCGUCAAGGCUGAAGCUUGAUUGUAAAGAAAAGGAGCAAAGUAUUCAGCCUGUCAGGAACUAUGGUACUAUAGUCAUCAUAGGUAACAAGUCUAGUGCUUCUGUCCUGCUGGAUGAUCACCUGAAGAAAAUUCCAGAGAAUGUUGGGCUGGUGUAUCUUCUAGAAAGAGAAUGGUGGGAUUCUACAGCAAACUGGGAACAUGUUCUGUCAUUAGGAGAGCAAAGGAGGCUUGUGAUGGCUCAUUGUUUUUCCAUCAUCCUAUCUCCUAAGUUUGGUAUCCUCAUCGAGUGCAUCAAUGCUACUACUGUUGAUGUUGAAGAACAUAUGUACAGGCUUGCAACUAACAUGGGCACACCUGUGGUCACUUCCUCACAAGUAAUUAUUUGGACAAUCCCUGCGAUGGCAUAA